UAAACUUUGGAGGGGGAAAAAGAGCCACCGGCGCCCGGCGCCGGGCGACCCUCCCUUGCCCCCCCCCCUCCACCGCCGCCGGGAACGCCCCCUCCUCCGCGGCCCCCGACCGAACUUUCCUCCAACUUCUGAGACCCGUGAGAUACCCUCCUUAGUACCCCGGCCCUCAGAAUCCCUUUGCCCAUCCCUGGGCCCGUCGGAUCCCUGGGUUCCACUCGAUCCCCGACUCAGAGACUCCUGUCCUCCACCGCUAGGGUCUGGUGAAUCCCCUCGGGCCCCCUUCUUAAUUGAAUCCUUUUCUUAGAGCCAUUGGAUUCUGGGACACCCCCCCUCUCCGCCCGCUCUCUCCUCAAGCCUUUCUCUCCCCGAAGGGCCUCUGGAUCCUGGGUUCCUCCCCUGAUCCCGACCUACUAGAUUUCCUUGAUUUCUUAGAACCUCUCAGUCUCUGGGUCCCUCAAACCAUUAGAUUUCUCCUUUAUGAUUCCCUGGCGUCUGACCCACUAGCUUAAAUUUCUCUAUUUUCCCAGGGUCCCGCCACCCUCGAGUGCCCUCAACCUGAUAGGUUUCUUUUCUCGUAGCCCCGGGAUCCCGGCACCCCCACCACCAGCUUACCAGCUCCUUCGAAUCCGGUGACCCGGGUUCCCCGGGCUCCUUCAGCCGGAUCCCGGGUGGGCGCCGGGCGGCUGGUCCCGGGCCUCCCCCCUAUGGCCGCCUCCCCCUCCCAUCUCGCCGGGCUCCCAGGCUCUCCCGGGCCUGGGUCUCCUCUGCCCCCCGGCGGCUUGGAGUUGCAGUCGCCGCCACCGCAGCUGGCCCAGAUCCCAGCUCCCAGCUCCGGGGUCUCCUUCCACAUCCAGAUCGGGCUGACCCGCGAGUUUGUGCUGCUGCCCACCGCCUCCGAGCUGGCCCAUGUGAAGCAGCUGGCUUGCUCCAUCGUGGACCAGAAGUUCCCCGAGUGCGGCUUCUACGGCCUUUACGACAAGAUCCUUCUCUUCAAACAUGACCCCACGUCGGCCAACCUCUUGCAGCUGGUGCGCUCCGUCGGAGACAUCCAGGAGGGCGACCUGGUGGAGGUGGUGCUGUCGGCUUCGGCCACCUUCGAGGACUUCCAGAUCCGCCCCCACGCCCUCACCGUUCACUCCUACCGGGCGCCUGCCUUCUGCGAUCACUGCGGGGAGAUGCUCUUCGGCCUUGUGCGCCAGGGCCUCAAGUGUGACGGCUGUGGACUGAACUACCACAAGCGCUGCGCCUUCAGCAUCCCUAACAAUUGCAGCGGGGCCCGCAAGCGCCGCCUGUCGUCCACGUCUCUGGCCAGUGGCCAUUCCGUGCGCCUCAGCACCUCUGAGUCCCUGCCGUGCAUGGUCGAUGAGCUGAGCCGUAGUACCACCGAGCUCCUGCCUCGCCGCCCCCCAUCCUCCUCCUCCUCCUCUUCUGCCUCCUCCUACACCGGGCGCCCGAUCGAGCUAGACAAGAUGCUGCUCUCCAAGGUCAAGGUGCCGCACACAUUCCUCAUCCACAGCUACACCCGGCCCACCGUCUGCCAGGCUUGCAAGAAGCUCCUCAAAGGCCUCUUUCGCCAGGGCCUGCAGUGCAAAGACUGCAAGUUCAACUGUCACAAGCGCUGUGCCACCCGCGUCCCUAACGACUGUUUGGGGGAGGCGCUCAUCAACGGAGAUGUCCCGAUGGAGGAGGCCACUGAUUACAGCGAGGCUGACAAGAGCUCCCUCAUGGACGAGCCCGAUGACACCGGGAUCAUCCCAGGCUCCCACUCGGAAAAUGCCCUUCAUGCCAGUGAGGAGGAGGAAGGCGAGGAAGGCAAGGCCCAGAGCUCCUUGGGGUACAUCCCCCUAAUGAGGGUAGUGCAGUCGGUGCGACACACGACACGGAAAUCUAGCACCACCCUGCGCGAGGGUUGGGUGGUUCAUUACAGCAACAAGGACACGCUGAGGAAGCGGCACUAUUGGCGCCUGGACUGCAAGUGCAUCACGCUCUUCCAGAACAACACGACCAACAGAUACUACAAGGAAAUUCCACUGUCAGAAAUCCUCACUGUGGAGCCCGCCCAGAACUUCAGCCUUGUGCCACCAGGCACCAACCCCCACUGCUUCGAGAUCGUCACUGCCAAUGUCACCUACUUUGUGGGCGAGACACCCGGCGGGGCCCCGGGGGGGCCCAGUGGGCAGGGAGCCGAGGCCGCCCGGGGCUGGGAAACGGCCAUCCGCCAGGCCCUGAUGCCCGUCAUCCUCCAGGACGGGCCCAGCACCCCAGGCCACACACCCCACAGACAAGCUUCUCUGAGCAUCUCCGUGUCUAACAGCCAGAUCCAAGAGAAUGUGGACAUCGCCACAGUCUACCAGAUCUUCCCUGAUGAGGUGCUGGGCUCGGGGCAGUUUGGAGUGGUCUAUGGAGGAAAGCACCGGAAGACAGGCCGGGACGUGGCAGUAAAGGUCAUUGACAAACUGCGUUUCCCCACCAAGCAGGAAAGCCAGCUCCGGAACGAAGUGGCCAUUCUGCAGAGUCUGAGGCACCCCGGGAUCGUGAAUCUGGACUGUAUGUUUGAGACGCCAGAGAAGGUGUUCGUGGUCAUGGAGAAGCUGCAUGGGGACAUGCUGGAGAUGAUCCUGUCCAGCGAGAAGGGCCGGCUGCCUGAGCGCCUCACCAAGUUCCUCAUCACCCAGAUCCUGGUGGCUUUGAGACACCUUCACUUCAAGAACAUCGUCCACUGUGACUUGAAACCAGAGAACGUGUUGCUGGCAUCCGCUGACCCGUUUCCUCAGGUGAAGCUGUGCGACUUCGGCUUCGCGCGCAUCAUCGGCGAGAAGUCGUUCCGGCGCUCGGUGGUGGGCACGCCUGCCUACCUGGCGCCCGAGGUGCUGCUCAACCAGGGCUACAACCGCUCCCUGGACAUGUGGUCGGUGGGCGUGAUCAUGUACGUCAGCCUCAGUGGCACGUUCCCCUUCAACGAGGACGAGGACAUCAAAGACCAGAUCCAGAACGCCGCCUUCAUGUACCCAGCCUGCCCCUGGAGCUGCAUCUCCUCCGGAGCCAUUGACCUCAUCAACAACCUGCUGCAGGUGAAGAUGCGCAAGCGCUACAGCGUGGACAAAUCUCUCAGUCACCCCUGGUUACAGGAGUACCAGACGUGGCUGGACCUCCGAGAGCUGGAGGGGAAGAUGGGCGAGCGGUACAUCACGCACGAGAGUGACGACGCGCGCUGGGAGCAGUUCGUGGCAGAGCACCCGCUGCCCGGGCCCGGCCUGCCCGCCGGUGGGGACUUCGGGGGGGCCCUCCCGCCGCAGGACCACGAGCUGCAGGGGCUGGCCGAGCGCAUCAGCGUCCUCUGAGGCCCCGUCCUUCUGCCCUGGCUGCCCCAUGAUGCUGCCCUCCGGUCCCCGAGGAGCCGCCCUCCCGCCCCAUCUCAUGGAACUGUUCCUCCUAAGGAGAAGCGGCUUCCUGCCCAAACCGGGCGACACCAGCCCCGGGGGAGGAGCCCGGCGGGUGUCCGUGCAGGGGGGUAGUUAUUUCCAACUACCCAACAUGAAUUCCCCAGCAAUUAAAACGAACUCAUCUCUGGCCCCAAGGCCUGGGUUUCUGGCCACGCUGCACUCUCGUA